AUGGGGGAGCGGGGCGGCGCGUCGGGCUGCCGCCGUCGGAGGCCGGGCGGGCGGCACCAGCCCCAGGGCGGCGGGGGCGGCCCGGAGCAGGACCGGCCGGCCGAGCCCGGGGCGGAGGGGCUGCCCACCGGGGACCGGACCACCCCCCGGGGGCCACCGACGGCGCCGGGACCCGCCCCCGCCCCCGACAGAGACUGGAGGUGCCAUCGGGUACAGGAGUCUCUGUUCAGCUCAGCCAGCGGAUUCAGUAACUACCGGGGCAUCCUCAACUGGUGUGUCGUCAUGUUGAUCUUGGGCAACGCACGACUAUUUUUAGAAAACCUCAUCAAGUAUGGCAUCUUGGUGGAUCCAAUCCAGGUGGUGUCCCUGUUCCUGAAGGAUCCGUACAGCUGGCCCUCCCCCUGCCUGGUCAUCGUGGCCAAUAUAUUCGCCCUAGCCGGGUUCCAGGUGGAGAGGCAGUUGGCAGCGGGCACCAUGACAGAGCGACUGGGGAUUCUGCUGCACACGGCCAACCUCCUCACCAUCCUGUGCUUCCCCGCGGCUGUGGUGCUUCUGGUCCGCUCCAUCACCCCAGUUGGCUCCGUGUUUGCCCUGGGCGUCUACACCAUCCUGUUUCUCAAGAUGUUCUCCUAUCGCGACGUCAACCUCUGGUGCCGGGAGCAGUGGGCCGGCGGCAAGGCAGGCAAAGCCGCCUCCGGGGCCAAGAAGGCCAACGGCGAUGUGGGGUCCGGUGAGGUGAGCUACCCGGACAACCUGACUUACAGAGACCUGUACUACUUCCUGCUGGCCCCCACUCUGUGCUACGAGCUCAACUUCCCACGCUCCCCCCGCAUCCGGAAGCGGUUCCUCCUCCGCAGGCUCCUGGAGAUGCUGUUCUUCAUGCAGCUGCUCGUGGGGCUGAUCCAACAGUGGAUGGUCCCCACCAUCCAGAACUCCAUGAAGCCGUUCAAGGACAUGGAUUACUCUCGCAUCAUUGAGCGGCUCCUGAAACUGGCCGUCCCCAACCACCUGAUCUGGCUCAUCUUCUUCUACUGGUUCUUCCACUCCUGCCUCAACGCAUUGGCCGAGAUCCUGCAAUUCGGAGACCGCGAGUUCUACCGUGACUGGUGGAACGCCGAAUCAGUCACCUAUUUCUGGCAGAACUGGAACAUCCCUGUCCACAAAUGGUGCCUCAGACACUUCUACAAACCGGCGCUGAAGCGGGGGAUGAACAAGUGGUUGGCCCAGAUGGGCGUCUUCCUGGCGUCGGCCUUCUUCCACGAGUACCUGGUGAGCGUGCCGCUCCGGAUGUUCCGCUUGUGCAUAUUCACUGGCAUGAUGGCCCAGAUCCCGCUGGCCUGGGUCGUGGGGCGCUUCCUGCGGGGGAACUACGGCAAUGCCGCCGUGUGGCUGAGUCUCAUCAUCGGGCAGCCCUUGGCCGUCCUCAUGUACGUGCAUGACUACUACGUGCUCAACUACGAGGCCCCCCCGCUCGAGGCCCCCUGACCGGACGAGGAGCGAGCGGGCCGGCCCGCCCGCGGGGGGCUGGCCCUCUCCUGCUCACGCUGCAGGCCGUCCACACGGCUCGUCGGGGGCCCCCUCCGCCCGCUGCCCCCAACGGGCCUCGGGCCGGGGGACCCAAGUCUGCCCCGGACGCUGGAGGAGGGAGAACCCCUCUUGUUGGGGGGCACCCUGAUCACCUGUCCGUCCAUCCGUCCGUCCAUCCCCGCUCCUCUCCCCCCCGCCCAGGGACUUCAGAACGUGCGUCUGUGCCAGGGCCCGCCGGGGUCACCGCCCCCGUCCCCGCGUCUGCCAUAUUUUCAGGGAUUUGGGGGAAGGGUGGACCGUCCGGCCUGGGCGCUUCCCUACCCGUGGAAUUCCCCCUCCCGUGGCCGGGAGAGAGGGAAGAGCUCAGGGGGCCCGGGCACAGUGGGUGAGGGCUGGGGGGGGUCUUACCGCUUGAUUGAUUGAUUGAUUGAUUGUUGACUUUUUAUUGAUUCCACUGUGCUGCGGCCAUGUCUGUCAUUAAAGUGUCGUCCAAAGUG